AGUUAAAGUUGGAACGUUUACGAUCACGUGGUAGAUAACUCCUAAAUAUCAAAUGACCUCUCAGGCUGGUCAUAUCUUGGACAACGACCUUCAACGUGUCAGCACUCGAGUAUCAUGGCUCUUCAACCCUCCCUUCGACCUACUAUUAUUGCGGGCGCUCACGAUGCCCCGCAUACCCUUGAUAUCUUCCUGGACUACGUUUGUCCAUUCAGCGCAAAGAUAUCGCUUGCAAUCGACAACGUUUUAAAGCCUCUGGUCGACGUGGGAGGUUUAUAUUAUGGCAAAGUGAAAGUCAUUAUGAGGCUCCAAGUCCAGCCAUGGCAUGCAACUUCAACCUACACUCAUGAAGCUGGACUUGCUGUUGUGCGUGCUGCUCCAGAGCAAUUCUGGACAUUCUCUCUCGCACUUUUCAAGCAACAGGGUGAAUUCUUCGAUGGUCCCUCAUCCAACAUGACUCCCCUGCAAAUUCGCGAGAAAUUGGCCAACAUCGCUGCCCAAGUAAUCACAGAGGAACAGUUAGUGAUGUUCAAAGAUCUUCUGAAGUUGAAGCCUUCUCCGAAUGGCGGAAUUGGCGUCACAGAUGAUCUUAAAUAUACUAUCAAGUUCGCCAGGCAGAAUGGCGUACAUGUUUCUCCCACUGUCCUUUGGGACGGUUUGAUUGCCAAUCAAAUCUCUAGCUCUUGGGGAGAAAAGGAGUGGUCCGAUUUUCUUGCGAAGAACGUCGUUGUCUAGGUGUGAGGACCUACAUUCUUUGAGCUGUACUAUUAAGAAGUUUGAUGUGAUAAGUACGAAUUCAAUGCUGUUUCCUGAUAGUCUCCACAACCACGAUCCAAGACCUUUUGUAUUUGUUGGCAAUUUGUUGCACUGUACAUCAUUGGGGCUCUGGAACUGGAAGGAUAGUUGUGUACAUGGUCACCUUUAAGUACAUUCUCGAGGUAUGCCGCAUAUAUGCAUGAAUCACAAUCUACGUGCCGCGAGUUAGCUUCUGUCUAAGAGAAGUAAACACGCCGACGGUUCGAAUGCGCAUAAAAUAUGUGAACCAGAAAACAGCAAUAAUCU